UUUUUGUAAUGAUGCUAUGGGUAGAUAUGGUAUAAAUACGCUCAACCUUGAAGGGGCAAAGCAGCAUAGCCUCAGUUGUGCUUCAAGCCAAAGGAUAUACAGCAGCACCGGGACCUCACUGGUGCUGAGGAGAUUGUUUUUUCCCACAAUUUGGUGCCGGUUUGACCGCGGAAGAUGGACAUUCGAGUAGGAAGCAUCCUUCUCCUCAUGGUGGCCCUGGUUGCAGGCCACGGGGAGCGUUAUGUGGUCAAGAAGGUGGUGAAGGCCGCUCCCCAGUACCAGCCUUACUCAGUGAAGGGCCAGGUGGUGGCAGGUGAGCCUGGUGCCCCAGGUGAGCCUGGCCCCGAGGGUCCCCCUGGCCCUCCUGGUCCCCCAGGUAAGAGCGGCACAGGUUAUCCAGGACCCCAAGGACCUCCCGGAGCCCAAGGACCCCCUGGUCGUUCCAGCACCGGUAAACCCGGAACCCCAGGUGGACCUGGCAAACCUGGUAUCCCCGGAGCCCAUGGUGAGAAGGGACACACUGGUGCCCCUGGCGCCCAAGGACCCAGAGGUGCUCCUGGUUCUCCUGGAAGCCCUGGACCUGCUGGCCUCUCCUCUACUGGCAAGCCUGGACCUUCUGGUCUUCCUGGAGCAAUGGGACCUAGAGGAGAGCCUGGUCUGAAAGGACAUCCCGGUGUUCCUGGUCUGCCAGGGCCCAAAGGUGACAGAGGGGUGGGAAUUACCGGACCUCAGGGUGCAACUGGGCCUGUUGGACCAGUUGGAGCAACUGGAGCUCCAGGUCAGCCUGGAGUUGGCAAGCCAGGAAAAUCAGGAAUGCCCGGUGAGCCAGGAAAAUCAGGUAGCCCAGGUAGAGAUGGUGCCCCAGGUGCCAUGGGACCACAGGGACCCAAGGGACAUACUGGAGCCCCUGGUGUAGGCAUUGCAGGUAAACCAGGUGACAAUGGUGCCCCAGGUUUGCCUGGCCCAGCUGGCCAGAAAGGCAACCAGGGACCUGCUGGAGCCACUGGAGCUCCUGGAGUCCCAGGAUACGGAAAGCCAGGUGCAAAUGGAGAGAAGGGUGAGAGAGGAUUUACUGGUAGCCCAGGUGCCACUGGUCCCAAGGGUGAGCAAGGUCCAACCGGAUACACUGGUGCCACUGGUGCCACUGGAGCUACUGGUCCCAUGGGCCCUCAGGGUGCAAGAGGUUUCCCAGGAGAGCCCGGUGCUGUUGGCUCCAAAGGUGACACAGGUGCCACUGGACCACAGGGAGCUAAGGGAAACAAGGGAGAGCAGGGUGCACAAGGUUUCCAAGGAAAACAGGGUUACCCAGGCCCAGUCGGUCCCACUGGACCCAGAGGAGCCACUGGAGCCACUGGUGAGAAAGGGCAUGUUGGUGCCCCUGGUACCCCAGGUGCCUCAGGUAUUCCCGGCCCUGCUGGACCCAAAGGUCUUCCUGGCCGUGCUGGUGAGCCUGGUUCCGCUGGUUCUGAUGGUUCCCCAGGCUCUAGAGGACCUGCUGGACCUCAAGGUCCUGCUGGUGCUCCCGGUCUCAAGGGCCACCCUGGUCUCCCCGGAGCUCCCGGCCCCGCUGGCGUGACCGCUAAGGGUGUCCCAGGACCUCAGGGUCCCCCUGGUCUCCCUGGUGAGUCCGGUGCUGACGGAGAGCCUGGUCCCGUUGGUCCUCCUGGUCCCCCUGGACCUCCCGGUGAGGUUGUCUUUGAGAAGGGCAUGGGAAUGGGUGAGGUUAUGGUCAAGGCCCCAAUGUCUGCUUUCACUGCAGUUCUGACCACCCCCUACCCCGCUGGUGGCUCUCCCAUCAAGUUUGACCACAUUGUGUACAAUGCUGAGAAUCACUAUGACCCCGACUCCGGCAUUUUCACUUGCCAGAUCCCCGGAGUUUACUACUUCUCCUACAGCAUCCACGUUAACGGUGCUCAUGCCCUGGUGGCUCUCUACAAGAACGACCAGCCCGUCAUGUUCUCCUACGAUGAGUACAACAAGGGCUUCCUCGACCAGAUGUCCGGCAGCGCUGUCCUCUUGCUCAACGAGCAGGACACCGUGUACGUCCAGAUCCCUGACGAUGAGGCCAAUGGUGUCUUUGCUGCCGAGAACGUCCACUGCUCUUUCUCUGGCUUCCUCAUUGCUUCGACGUGAUACGUUGAUCUGAAAAGUUACCAACAGCCAACCAACUAAAUUUGCUCUCUAUUUCUCGAACCAAAAGUCAACUCUCUGUUCAUUCUUCCUCAACCAAAGCAACAAACAGGCAGUUUGCUCUUUUCUUUGAGGAAUAGAAGCAUCUCGACUUGAAAACUACAACAACUAGGUGCUUAGAAGAAGGAUAUCUAAUUUAUGUAAAAGAGGAGAUCAGGGAUGGGGGAAAGCAAUUCACAACAUGACCAAGAAUGCUUCUGGAAUGAAGACAGCAUGUGAACCUGAGGUGUUACAUCUGUGUUGUUUUUUUUUUCUUUUCUUUCCCACUCUUUUUCUUUUAUAAAGACUCCAACUGGUGACUUUAGUGUUUGUCUUGUUUUUGCUUUGUGUUUUGUACAACCUUGUUUGUUUUUUUGUUUGUUUUUUUCGUCCUGGUGCCCAAUAAUCUUAUUAAAAAGCACACAAAUACUUUCUGUGCAACAUGUUGUAACUGUUGUCCUUGUAUGUGACUUGAAUAUUGUGAAAUGCCAAUGGUCAAAUUGAUCAUUAUAAUAAAAUAAGUAACCAGAAUAUUGUCAAACAAGCGGUACUCUGAACAGCAAUAUACCGCUAUAUCCCUGAACAUGCAUUAUGUCAUGUAAAGCAUUAUUGACUAAAAUAAAAGAUGU